GUUUGGCGGGUCCAUCUAAUCUUUCUUGCCCUACAUAUCUUGGAUGUGCAAUAGCUUCAUUUACUCCCGUCUUUCUCCACAUGGGUUGGAUGUAGAAAGCUUCUGAGGUAUCAAAAUAUCAAUAAUUAAUACCUAAACUCUCUGAUUUUGUGCACCAUUUGUUUUAAUACAUUAAUGUGUGUAAACAAGCAGAGUGAUGAGUUGGAGGGAUCCAUGUUAUGAGACUCGAAAUUGGAAAUCUUUCAGCCAUAGAGGAGUAUUGAAUUGGAAGUAAGCUGGAGAAACAGGUGCCCCACUCAGCUAUUUGAUACCAACAUUCCACCCCAUUCCCAUACCCAUACCCUUCACCCUCUCAUUCAUCUCCUUUUCUCUGAUAUCUUCUGCUGAUGCAAAUGUAGAGAGAGCAACCUUACACCUUUCCUCAUCAUAUAUAAAACCCAUUAAACCAGAACAAAAAAAUCCACAAAUGAACAAAUCUCCCUCUCUGUUCUACAGUUUUAGAUUAUAUUAGAAUUAUGGGUGUGGAUAUCUGAACAUGUGGGGUUGUUGAGGGUUUUCGAUUUUGGGUAUCUUCCAAGUUCUUUCAGUAUCUCGCAUUCAUUCGCCUUCUACAGUUCUGCAUCUAAGCAAUUAAGGGAACAUCUGGUCUAUUUGCUCUAUAGAUUUGUUGAUGAAGAAAACUGUUUCCUUAUAGGUCUUUUCGGUGCAGUUGGUUUGUGGGGUAGGUAAGAGAUCCAGGGUUGAAACUUCAAGAAAAAAAGGAAGAGAUCCUUUGGAACUCCUUCGUCUCUGCAAAUUUGGGCCUUCUCUGCUUUUGAGGACAUUUUGGGAGAGAGGCAAUGGUGGCAGGAAAUGGGUUGUUCUACCCACUGGUUGGUUUUGCAGUUUGUUUUGCUUUCAUGUACAUGUUCUUGGGAAACAUGAGCUUCCAUAAUUACGAGUUGCCCAAGAUGUCCUUUGUGGAAACAAAUGGGGCUCAAUUCAUGGUGGAUGGGAAGGUAUUCUACGUGAAUGGAUGGAACUCGUACUGGUUGAUGUAUCUGGGUACGGAGGACUACACCGCGCCCAAGGUCAGGGAAGUGCUCCAGUUGGGUGCCAAGAUGGGUCUUACUGUUUGUCGAACUUGGGCUUUUAAUGAUGGAGCCUACAAUGCCCUCCAGAUCUCCCCUGGUCAGUUUGAUGAACGCGUUUUCGGGGCAUUGGAUAAUGUCAUUGCAGAAGCAAGACGGCAUGGGAUCAGGCUGAUUCUUAGCUUGGUUAAUAACUUGCAAAAUUUUGGUGGGAAGACCCAGUAUGUCAAAUGGGCAUGGGAAGAAGGUGUUGCUUUGAGUUCUUCUAAUGAUUCAUUCUUCUAUGAUCCAUCCAUCCGCAGUUAUUUCAAGAAUUAUGUCAAGGCUGUCUUGACGAGGAAGAACAGUGUCACUGGAAUUCAAUAUAGAGAUGACCCCACUAUCUUUGCAUGGGAGUUGAUGAAUGAACCCCGCUGUAUGUCAGAUCCCUCCGGUGACACCCUCCAAGAUUGGAUUGAAGAAAUGGCUGGUUUUGUGAAAUCAAUUGACAAGAAACAUCUAUUGACUGUGGGGCUCGAAGGAUUUUAUGGUCCUACAAGCCCAGGAAAAUUGAAUUUGAACCCAGCAGACUGGGCAGGUGCUUUUGGGACUGAUUUUAUUCGAAAUUCUAAGACCCCAACCAUCGAUUUUGCCUCUGUUCAUGUUUACCCUGAUCACUGGUCUGAAGGGCUAGAACCUGAAGAAAAAAUAAACUUUGCUUCAAAAUGGGUUAAGACUCACAUUGAAGAUGGUGACAAAGAACUGAAGAAGCCAAUCUUCUUCACAGAGUUUGGGUUAGUGGACGACAAGAAGACCUUUCAACCAAUUCAUCGUGAGAAAUUUUAUAAGACGAUAUAUGAUAACAUUUACAAGUCAGCUAAGAAGAAGAGAUCAGGAGCAGGGGCAUGUUUUUGGCAGUUCCUGGUUGGAGGCAUGGAAGAGUAUGAAGAUGGUAAUGGGAUUGUCCCACGGGAGAGAUCAUCCAUUUAUAAAGUGAUAACAGAUCAGUCAUGUAGGCUGGCUAGAAUCCAGGGAGGUCAGGAUCAUUUGCAAGGGAGCUUGAAAGAUAUUUGUUCAAAGAUGGCGAACUAGUCAUUCUUUUUUAUUUGGAAUUUAAUUUUGUUUCUGGUGGAAUUGUUUUUUCCUUCUUGCUUUUGGCAUUCUUUUGUCAAGGGUUGCAGAGAUCACUGCCCCUGUUUGCUUCAUUGUAGAGUCAUCCACCAACCUUAAAAUGUAGCGAGAGACUCGAAGGCUGUUAGAUUGCUGUUAGGCUGCCUUGCGCUCUUUAGUGCUAAUGGGAUUAUAUAAGAAAAAGAGUUUUAUC